GCGUUUGUCCCAGUUCUGGGUGUUUGUCCGUUCCUCUUCUCCUCUCCGUGCCGCCGAGGUGCGGCGGGGCGCGGGCUGAGGCAGGCAGUCGGCGCCGGGAGGCACAGCGCGAGCUGGGUCUGGUAAAUCUAGUAACUCCCACGUUGCGUUGUGUCAAUUAAUGGCUUAGAAACGCACGUGGCACAAGUAGGCUAGUUCUGCGCAAAAUAUAAAACCAUGCGGUUGGACGCGCGACACCGCUGAACUCGGCAGGACUCGCGUGCAGUGGGCCGCUCUUGUACUUCUGCUGUGGUGUCCAGCAGCUCCUGGGGAGGUUGAAGGGAAGGCCGCGCGUGGAGGGCCUUGCCUGCUGCACAGCAGGAACCUCUCAUUACAGCAGCAGAAAUGCUGGAUUUGCUUUUUGUGGGGGCAGUUAACGUACAGCAUGCUGUAAUGGCACCUACUAGGGCUGACUUGAGAAAGAGAGCAGGCAGGGGUAAGCUGCUAUCACAGGAACAAUUUAUGUGACCUGUUUGCAGAGGCUGUUUGUUACGAUAGCAGCUUGAAAGCUGGUUUCCUGAGGGGUUCCCUCUUUGUCCUGCAUUUGUUGUUUUUUGAGAAAUAUGUGUAAUCCAUGCAAUCUAAAUGUGUUUGGUGUUUUGUUGUCUUGGUUUUUUUUUUAACAAAGUCAGAAUGAAUUUCCUUUGAUCUUACGCUUUAGCUACCUAUUGCAUGUAGUGAGCUGUCACAGAACUUUCCUUAGAGUCUGUGUUAUGUGACAGUCGUUACACAAAAAGAGUGGUUUGUUUGUUUUAUAACCUGCUGGGGGAAGACCUUGUUUCUCUCAGCAUCUUACUUGUAUCUCUCUGUCUUAAAAACAUACACUCUUUGAUCACUGUAGUGAGGAGACAGCUUUGCACACACAUCAUCUGCCCCAAGGAAUUGUGGUACCUUUUUUUUCCUCCGUGUUUCACCUGUGUGACCUCUCUGCCCGUGAACAAGACAGGUUUUUCGGUGGUUUUGUCUUUAGUUUGACAGUGCCUUAUAUUAACUGGUUACUAGUCAGUCUUGUGAGGAAAUUGGCCAGAGACUUAAGAGAUUUUACUCAGCAAAUGGCAGUACUCUGACCUGGUGCAGAAGAGCCAACUCUAAUUUGUGUUCUACUUUGAGUAAGAAGCUUGAGUUCAGUUCCUGCUCGAUGAUGAAGAUGUCCCAGAUAAUUGUGUACUUACUGCUCCUGCAAGAGUCCAAAGUCAAAAUAGAGUACAGAUGGAUUUUCAGCAUCCUGAGAAGAUUGUUUAUACUAUCAACUUGGAAUCUCGUUAUUUACUAAUACAAGGAGUUCCUGCGUUAGGCGUUAUGAAGGAAUUAGUUGAACAAUUUGCGUUAUAUGGUGCCAUUGAAGAAUAUCAUGCUCUAGAUGAAUAUCCAGCAGAGCAAUUUACUGAAGUUUAUCUGAUAAAAUUCCAAAAACUGCAAUGUGCAAGGGUGGCCAAGAAAAAAAUGGAUGAACGAAGUUUCUUUGGUAGUUUGCUGCAUGUGUGCUACGCUCCAGAAUUUGAAACGGUCCAAGAAACUCGGGAGAAGUUGCAGGAUAGAAGAAAGUAUAUAGCAAAAGCAACAAAUCAAAGAGAUUUCUUUCUGUUAAAGAAAGUAGAGGGACCUAAGAAGACAGUCUCAAAGAACUCUGAGCAUGACUGUCCAUGGAGUACAUCAGGAUCAUGUGCAGCCAGUAACUGGGAUCCAUCCUGCUUUACAAGUUCUCACGGGGUAUCCCACAACACAGGCUAUGCAUCUGGGAAUCAUAAUCAGAGCCUGUUGACAUUUCCCCAGUAUGAGAACAGUUGUGCUGAAACUUCUGGGUACUUUGGUCAAAACGCAUCCCUAACUCUAAGUGUAUGUCCGGGAGGACAUACUCCACCAACUUCCUUAAUGCAAAGAACAGUUCGGAUUGAUAAUGGAGUUGAUCGGUUUAUGCCUCGUACAACUCACCUGCAAGAACGUAAGAGGAAGAGGGAAGAAGGUAACAAGUUUUCCCUCAUUGGAACAGGUGUGGACAGUACUGAAGUUAUUAUUGGUCCACAGCUACCAGAACUACCUAAAGUGGAUAUGGAUGAUGAUUCAUUGAAUACUUCAGCUACAUUAAUUCGAAAUAAACUGAAAGAGGUAGCAGAUUCUGUUUCAAGAACAUCUGUGCAAAAGCCAGAGAGUAGCUCAGCCAAACCACUUGUAAAGCAGAGAAGAAGAAUAUAGAUACUGCUGGCAGCAUCUUCCAACAGUAAUUUUUUAAAAGGAUAGAGUUUAAAAUACUUAUUUUUUUAUGUUAAAAAUAAAACUAUUUUAUACUGUAUUUCCAAGCAAUUCCCUGAUAAAAAUUGUAUCGAUUUGUUUCCUGGAAUGAACAAACCAGUAUAAUAAUAUUGUUGCAAUCUUGUUCUGUGUACCUCGUACUACAACAUAUUUAAUAACUCAUUGAAGAACUGUAUUUAGGUAGAGUAACAGAAGUAAAUUCUAUUUAUUCAGUACCUUUUACAGUAAAGGAAUACUGAAGCUUAGUAAUAGUUUCAAGUUGCUCCUAUACUUUUACUAUACCAUGAAGAACGGUGAAGGAAAAAACCUCUUACAACAGUAUUCCACUUGGAGUUACAGUUUACGAGCUUCCUGGAAAGUCUUCUGUUCAAAUGCCAUACUGCUCUGUUUCAAAAAAAAAAAAAAAAAAAAAAAAAAAAAAAAAAAAAAAAGUUCAUUUUCAAUUAAUAAGGAGUUAAAUUUAAUUGGAAAAGGUGCUAAACUGAAAUGUGUAGGCAGUGACAGUCCUUACACUUAGGCUACCUCUUGCUUUUUAGCUUAGAAAAGGUAAAUUCCAUAGUGUUAAUGAUGUCAUCACUGAGAGACCAGUGAGAACACUCAGAAAUUGUAAGUGAAGGGGAAAUUCAAAUUGUAACUGCUCAGCAGUGGUAAUGUGUGACCAAGGAAUGAUCUGGCAUGGAGGGUGAGAAGGCCCAGCUGCAAAAUGAGUUAGACCGUCUGGAACCAGGAAUGGCAGAGACUUAGAUGACUUGAUGUAAAGGAGUGAAAUUUCCCUUGGUGAUGGAGAAAUAUCUGCAGCACAGUUUUGUAACAGUCCUGGAUCGAGUGCUCAGGGGCCACCUCUGGGCAGCAGAACUGGAGCUGGGGGGAUGAACCCAACACUGGGCUAAGGUGCCCCACGCUGACGCUCACAGGAUUGGUGCUGGUGCAAGCAUAUACAAGGAAUCGGCUUGUGGUGCAUCUUUGCAGACUCCUUGGAGAACCGCAUACGGUGGUAGGAUUCUAUCCAAUAAGUUCAUUACAUUUUAAAAAAAUACACUGAAGUACAAAUGAGUGUUUAAUUUGUGUCAAGGGGUACAAUUAAAGUUCCCGAACAUAACCCCACUGGGCAAUCUAGUAAUUUAUAGGUUUUCUUCAUGUUAAGCUCAUAGCCGAAAUUUAUUUAUGGCUUUUAGGACUUGAAAGUACAUGUAAAUAGAGUUCUCUUUUAACAGUGAAACUAGAGACCUAGUAAAAAGGCAACAGUUGGGCAGGGUACAGAACAGAGCGCACAAAUACUGUAAGCAAGAAACAAGCUGAGUUUCCAACCUCUUGCCAUGAUUAGCCUGAAUUGUGUAUCUGGUUUAUCACCAACACUGACAGAAAGCAAGUAAUUUUUCUAUGCUGAUGAGUGAACAUAAUUCUGUUCAGAAACUUUUUAAAACCUUUCCACUGGUGGAAAAAGCAGAGUACUUACCUGGGUUUUCCCAAACCCUUGAAAGUCUUUUGAGAGCCUGUCAGGGCAAGUCUGGCAUUUUGGAAACAGCUGCUUUCCAGCUGAUGUGAUGUAAUACAGCCUGCAAUCAUGGCUACAAGACCCUUUCUUGUCCUCCAGCCUACCAGGUAGGCGGGCUGGCAGGAAGUGUAGGUUUCCAGCAAAUGAAAACUUGCUGUGUUCUCAGCAGUCUUACACAACUUUUCUGUUUCUAGGAAUCGCUGCAUGUAUUUCAGAAUUUUGUUUUUCGAUCUCUAUGAAGGCACAACUUUCAGUAUUUAAAAAUGACACGCAGUUCAAAUAGAAUAGUGAUUACUAGAUGAGGAAAAAAAAAAUUAUUCUUUAUUAUAGAGCAGAAAUGCUCUCCACAGUUGAACUUAACACUGAGGAAAUGAGCAUGUUCUAAAUUGCCAUCUUCCAAAAAAAAAAAAAAAAAAUUCUGAAUUGAAUCAGAUGUAUUGCUAAUAAAUAAAGCCCAGUUAGAUGUAAUUAAAAAACACCAGUGCCACACUCUGAAAUGAAGAACACUCUCAAGGUAUUUUUUUCAGAAAACUAGCAGCCUCUCCCAAAAGGGGCUGUAAGUGAGGUGAUGGCAGUGUUGCCAGUGGCACUGAAGAAAGAAAAAUAGAAGUUGUAUUCCUGGAGAGCUUUCGGAUAAACAAUUCAACAAAACGGUCUCAUUUUCUUAGUCUGAGAGGGUGCUCAUUGAGGAUGAUUCAUUAUAUUGCUGACCCAGGACAGACAAACAUUGAGUAACGGUGUGGUCUGGUUUUCUGGUACCAGCAUUUAACUGUAUAAGGAAACAUCGGUGCUGUGAAAGGUAGAUAGGAACUUGGCAUAUGCAUAUCUCACAACUGAAGCAUUUAUCAGUUGACUUCAGCAGGCCCCAGGUAAUGACAGUCAAUACCAUAAUAUGUUCAUCUCCUCACCAAUACUAUAGCAAGUACUGCACAUUUUUUUUUAAACGCAAGGUUGAUAUACCUUUAUGUCUGGCAAACACGGUCCAAAGGCUUCUAACAGAAGAUUUUCAUCUCUGACUGCUUUUUCAAAGUCCAUAAAAGAAAGCUUGCCAUCAUGAUCAUAGUCCUAUAAAAGGAAGGGAACUCUUCAGCAAAGGAUGAUGACUUGUAGUAAUUGUAUUUUUGUUUAACAGGUGUUUUAUUGACAUGGAUCCUAUUUUUAGUUUGAUUGUAUGCAAAAAUCCUUUUAUUUGGGCCAUCAGUCCCUGCUCAGACAAGAUCUGUAUGAUUUGCCUCUACCUAAGGCAUAAAAGGUGGAGCAAGCUCAACUAUCUAUCUCAUACAGCUUUGCUAACAGAAUUCCAGAAAAGGCAAAACUAACAUGGGAAGAGGCUGAGCUGAGAAUUGCAUGGACAAAUCUCAAGCACCAUUGCACUGCGAUAAAUUAAAAGCAGGAGACUUCAAAGUAGGAGAAAAUGUUAGAAUAUAUUCUGUAUAUGUAUUUACAUCAUGAGAGUACCUACAUCCUAUUCAUGAGGCUGGAAAUACUUCACCCUACUGGUUUCUAUAGUAGGCAUACUUCUGCCCUGUCUUUUUCACAUACAGCACUCGGAAGCAUAUGGUGGAACAUGCUGAUGCUAGCCCACUUCUCUCAUACUGCAGAAUCUCAGCAUAGCAGAAUAUUCCUCUGGGGGUGGAAAAAGCAUCCUUGUGUUUUUAGUAUUUCUGCAAUUUGAAAACCUCCUGCUUCUACUGACAUGGCAGCUUACAACGCCAACAAAUGCUACGGUGAGCAUACGAAGUACUUCUUUAAACCAUAUAAAAUAAAGGCUUUAAGUGAAGAUUGCUGGGUGGAUGUGACUAGUGUUCAAGGCACAGGGCCAAAGCAAAAUUUUUGAAGAACAAACCAUGGAACCAUUGUAGCUGGUGGACAUGCAGGGAACACAGGUUCUAAUGGCCAGAAAAGCAGAGGAAAGGAGCUAUGUAGGCAGAGGUUCCUGAACAAGAAAACCUGCCACUGGAUGCUUAAGAGAAACAGAAGUAGCUGGGUAGCCUCUGCCUUUUACAUUCCUCAGCACAACGGAGAGCAGGGCACGAGCAUGUUCAUUAUGAAUACUUUUAAGUAUGAAAACGAUAUGGGACUGGACGUAUGCUUGGUCACAAUGCCAUGGUACCUACAGGCAAUUGCUCAAAGAGUAAUUUUUUCUUCUUUGAGUGUUGGACUCCACAAAUGCAUUUUUGGAUAUCUAACAGUUGUUUAGUUAUUUGAGAUGGGCAGCAAUAUCCUACUCAGACAACUGCUCAGCAGCCAAAUGAGAUCUGGACAUUCUUCAAACACGUACCAGAGCUUUACUAAGUUCUCGUGGAAAAGCUGAAACAGGAUUAUGUACAUGAUUACUUUAUAAUAUGUUCUUAUAUAUAUGAAGAUUCAUUAUGUCUAGAGCAUAGUGCUUGUGCUUGGACUAGCAUAGCCCACUUAUCAACUGCCCAGAACAUGAAGGUGUUCAUUUUGGAUGCAACCUGCAGGAAAGCUGUGCAGGUAGGUGCUCUGAAGAUGAACAAAUUACUAAGUCAUAGCUUGCUUUCUGUGUGAGGCUAGAUUCAGCAUUGUCAAGAACUAAGGGUAAGAUGGGCUUUUCAGCUGAAGGUGUGCAAAAGAGGUGGGUUUGAAAAAUAGAAAAGUCGGAGUUAAAUAAAAGGAGUUGAGAUUCAAGACCUGGUUUUAAGUGAGAUUUUUUUUGACCACCACCAGAGGAGGGGAGGUUGUAUUUCUUGAUUUGACGAAAAUGUUGAAACAUAGUCCCUGGCUGAUCUGGAUACCCUAGAUUAAUCACAGUAAGACAAGUUUUACCUUAAUAACCUUGAGGUUACUAUUCUAAUAGAAUAUAUAAAUUGGAUAAAGACAUUUCAUGAUCAAGUGAUAAAACACAAAUGUACUUAAUAAAGCUACUGCAGAUGCCCAACACUGGAAUAAAUGCAGCUUACGCUUUUGAA